AUGUCACCCCGGUGCCUUUCAUGCCGCUUUUGUGGUAAAUCUGGAAAUAACCUCAAGAAAACAAUUGUUCACUCUACACAUUCCGCUUGCAAUGUGAUAAAUGGAAAUUUUCGAUGGACAAGUGACCACAACUCAAUACGAUCCAGCUACCGCUUUAAACAUUGUCAGUUCCUAAAGGCCAUGUACCAGUCUCGUUUGGGGUCAGAGGACUCGUCAUCCUCUUCAACAGCUGACUCACCUAGCAUCACACCGCACGAGUCCCCCAUUUACUUACUCGCCACAACUAUUCAGCCUCUGUGUGCCAAUCGAAAGAGCGUAAGCCGUCUUGUAGUGUGGCUUGUACCGGAUAUUUCCAAACCGCCGGGCGACGAGUCUUCGGUCAGCCUUCCGACGAAGAUGGACGAAUCUAAACCUACCAUGCUAACCAGUUUUGCGGAUGUGGCUCUACCUCAAGGCCAUUUGCCAGCAUGCAUGAGUGUUCAUCCAGGUCGAUGUCGGUGUCUCAUCGGAGUCGGUACAAUGGAUGGACGCGUGGAUGUCUACUUGUACGUGAUUCGUCCAAGAUUUUUUUCUCAUCGACAACAUCCUGGAAAUCUUGACGCCUUCUGGAUGCGAUAUUGGCAACCGGCACUCGGCAGAUACUGGAUCAUGAUUGGCUGUUGGGUCCAGACUUUUGACGAAUCAGAGCUCAGCUUGUUGCUAAACCGCCAAGCGGUCCGAUCUUUUAGCCAAUCGCGUGUGGGAUGGGUUUCUUGGCUUUUAUCUCGACGGAAUCGAACGCUAACCUGUGUUUAUUCAAUGAACAAUGCCCACCCCAUAUUUGUCACUGCCCUCACCUUUCUCCCACCAUUUCCUUGGCCAGAGAUCAAUGCUGGUAAACCAAAGUCGAAGUACCCUGCUGUGGAAAGUGAGGAAUCUUUUGAACUAGUUAGUGUCAGCGUAGAUCGUGCUUUGCGUUGGCACCAAGGUCCGAGCUAUGCUCGUAUUGGCAGACUUGCUCGCUGUCUAUACGAUCCUGAAAGCCGAUCCUUAUGGAGCCGAUACGCCCUUCCAUUGCUAUCGGCCUUGGUCUGUCUCAUCUUCGUUUUUCUAAUCCCCAUUCAUUUGGCAAUAAUUGACGCUGCUCUGAUAUGGUCUACGUUGCCCCUCAAGCGAUCUAUCGUCCAUUUUGACCGAACUUGUUCGCAACUAGACCUGUCUUACUCUCCACCGCGUCAGGUUCGCUCGGUUUUAACAUCCUUUCGAUGCAUUGAUACCAUUCUACUCGAAGGAAACACAGAGGUUGAAAUACUGCCAGGAUGUCCAAACCUAGACAGAAGCAGUCAAGAUGCAGAGGUUGAUUUCGAACCACAAACCUUCCGAUCAGUAAGCUGA